AUGGAACGAUGGACUGGCGAGGGCGUGGGUGGGAUUUCCCUUCAUUCAUUUCCCUGGCAUUCCUCCCUUUCUACCCGUGUCUUUCCCCACCUGCGUUCCCCCCGCAUGGCCCCACAGGAAGCUCUCUCAGGCCACUCUUUUGCGUCCCACUCGCCCUUUGUGCAACGAUCCAUGGAUCGAUGGACUGGCGAGGGCGUGGGGUUCUCCCUCAUCGAAUCCGCACUUGAGUUCGCCGUGCGGCGCGGCCCCCGGCUGCUGGCGCAGAUGCAGAAGGAGGGGGGGCGAGAUGGGGGGAGAGAGUGGGGGAGAGAUGGGAGAAGAGAGGGGAGGUUGGAGGGGAGGAGGGAGAAAGAUGGGGAGAGAGGGGGGAUGGCGGAGAGGGCGGAGGAGAUGAGGGCAGGGAAGCCAGACGCAGCAGGGAGUGUGGGGAGCAGGGAUGCGGGGGCGGUGUUGGUGUUUAUGACGGGGUGGGAUGAUAUUAUAGGCAUGCGCGACCGGCUGAGGGAGCACCCGCUGCUGGGGGACGAGAGUAGGGUGAUGCUGCUCACGUGUCAUGGCAGCAUGCUGAUAGAAGAGCAGAAGCUAAUCUUCAACCCUCCACCCCCCGGCAUCACCAAGGUCAUUCUAGCAACGAACAUGGCUGAGACCUCCAUCACCAUCAACGACGUCGCUCUGGUCAUCGACACAGGAAAGGCCAAGGAAACUUCCUACGACGCCGUCAACAACGUGCCGUGCCUGCUCCCCCAGUGGGUCUCCAAGGCCUCUGUGAAGCAGCGGCGGGGGCGCGCGGGGAGGGUGCGGCCGGGGGUGUGCUUUCAUCUGUACCCGCGCCCGCUGUUUGCUGCUCUGCCGGAUUAUGGUCAGCCGGAGCUGCUGCGGGCGCCGCUGCACUCGCUGUGCCUGCAGAUCAAGACUCUCGGGCUGGGCAAUAUUGGGGAGUUCCUGGGGAAGGCGAUCCAACCCCCAGAGCCUCUAGCUGUGGACAAUGCCAUAGAGCUAUUGGAGGACGUGGGGGCGCUGGACAAGGAUGAGAACCUCACACCACUUGAUGCUGGUGAUGGCAGUGGUGCUAUCGUGUGUCAACUCUCUCCUCUCACAUCUCCUUUCCCUCUAAACCCCACCCUCAUCUUCCCCUUCACAGGUCGCCACCUCACAGCACUGCCUCUGGAGCCACGCGUGGGGAAGAUGCUGGUGAUGUCGGCAGUGCUGUCGUGUGUGAACCCUGUGCUCACUGUAGCUGCUACCCUUAGCGAGAGAGAACCGUGGGUGCGACCGGCAGAUAAGCGAGAGGUGGCAGACUCGGUUCGUUUGCGCUUUGCAGGGGACGAUUGCAGCGACCAUUUCGCGGCAGUGAGGGCGUUCGAGGGGUGGGUGGCGGCUCUUGGGUCAGCGACCAGCCGCAGCGACGGUUGUUCACCUAGUCCACUCCUUUCCGUCUCUACCUUGUCCCACACCCUGCCUAUCCGCCAGGCAAUCGCAGGGCUGAGGAGGCAGCUGCUGGGGACACUUGGCGAGCUGGGAUUGGUGGAUGUGCAGCGGGGCAUGGAUGAGGCCAACAGCAGGAGCAACGACCCCGAGUUUGUUCGAGCUGCGCUGCUGGCUGGGUUGUUCCCCGCUGUUGCAUCGGCAGUGAAACGGACUCGCAGCACAACAUACAAGACGGAAGAGGACGGGGAGGUGAACAUUCACCAGUCCUCUGUAAACGCUGGUCUCACUCGGUUCCCUUACCCCUGGCUGGUAUUCAACGAAAAG